AGGGACACACGGGCCACUGACGUCAUCAUCCCCUUCGUCGUUUCCAUUUUUAACCUAAUAAAAUAAAAUAAUAAUAAUAAAAUAUUUUCUCCUGAAAAAAUCCGCCAUUGAUAUACGCACUUCGAGCUCAACUACUCAUCAUUUCUCGAUCGAUCACUUUCUUUGACGGAUGGAAUGAUGGCAUCAAUAUGAGAAUCUUUUUACGCCAACUUCUUAGCUAGAAAGUGAAGAAGCGGGUGCAAAAAUGGACUCAUGUAGUUUCCAUACUUAUGGCGGUGAAGUUACCAGUUGUAGAGGAAUAAAGCAGCUGACUGUUCGCUCGAGAUUUGAUUAUAAAUUAUAUAGCAACACACGGGUUGUUUUGAAAAUCGGGUCUAGGAAGAAGUUGAAGAAAUUGCUUUCGUCUAGUUGUAGUGUUGCUAAUUCAAGUAAAAUAUCUGGAUCUGAAUUGAAAUGUUGUUUGUGGAGCUAUAACAAACCGAAGUGCACUGUUUGUUUACUCAAGACAUCAAGAAGAGUAAAGGUAACUUGUCAGGGGAACGAUUCAGUCGCAUAUAUAGAUGGAAUCGAUAAAGACGUCGACGUUGUCGAGAUUAGUAAUAGAGAAAACUCAUCAGCAGGAACCGAUUUAGGUCCAGAAAAGAUGAACGGCUCGGAUAACGAGAAGGAAGAAGGCGAAUCGGAUAACCCGAGUGUCGAUGAGUUAAGAAAAGCGCUGCAAAAGGCACUUAAGGAAUUAGAAAUCGCGCAACUCAACAGUACCAUGUUUGAAGAGAAAGCUCAAAAGGUAUCGGAAUUAGCUAUAGCGUUAAGAGACGAAGCUUCGAUUGCUCAAGAUAACGUCGAUUCAGUUUUGAAUUCGAUUGAAAAGAUUGAGAACGAAGAGAUUGCUGCUAAAGAAGCUGUUCAGAAUGCAACAAUGGCUCUUUCUUUAUCAGAAGAUCGGCUUAAAUUAGCUCUUGAUUCGUUAGAACUUGCAAAAGAAAGCUUGAAUCCAGUGGGAGAAAUCGGAGAAUUAGAGGAAGCUGUGGUUAUUGCUCAUGAAGAUAUACACGACUGUCGCGUGACGUUGGCGAAUUGUCAAGGAACGUUGACUCAAUUGCAGAACAAGAAAGACGCUUUGCAAAGAGAAAAGGAUGUACUUAAAGAACUUGCGGAUAACGUACAGAAAGCGGCUUUGAAAGCUGAGGAAGAUGUGGCGGAUAUAAUGCUUUUAGCAGAGGAAGCGGUUGCGUUUGAACUCGAGGCUGCGAAACGUGUUAACGAUGCUGAAAUCGCAUUGCAAAAAGCAGAAAAAAAGCAUUCCGUUCAACCGCAACCUGCGGCUGAUUCUGAAGAUUCAAGUGGUGAUUCCGUUAGUGAGGAUUCAAUUGAGAUAAUUGUGGAAACAUACGAUGAUGCAUCAAUUGACGGUUCUUUGAUCAGUGAGGAUGUAACAGAUAACCAAACGUUUGAAGAAACUAGAUUUUCUGAUCAUAGUGACAAUGAGACUGAAAUUGAUGCAGAAAAAACGAAAAGUCAAAGUCAAACAAAAAAGGCGGAAACACAAAAGGAUUUGACAAAGGACAGCUCAUCAUUAAAUUCUCCUAAAGCAUUACUGAAAAAAUCCUCACGUUUCUUUUCAGCAUCGUUUUUCUCUUCAGCAGAGGAUGAUACCGAGUUUACUCCAACUUCGUUUUUCCAAUCGCUAAUUGAUUCCACAAGAAUGCAGUUACCGAAACUGGUGCUUGGUGCUUUGCUUGCUGGUGCAGGUUUUGCUUUUUAUGCUAAACGAGGAGAACGGAUCCGUCAACUAUUUCAAGGACCUGAUAUUAUCACCACCAGCAUUGAUGAAGUUUCAUCAAAUACUAAACCGUUGGUUAAACAAAUAAGGAAAUUACCAAAGAAAGUCAAAAAGCUGAUUGAGAUGCUUCCUCAUCAAGAGAUAAAUGAAGAAGAAGCUUCCCUGUUGGACGUUUUAUGGUUAUUACUUGCUAGUGUUAUCUUUGUGCCUAUAUUCCAGAAACUUCCUGGAGGCAGUCCUGUUCUUGGGUAUCUGACAGCUGGCAUCUUGAUUGGACCAUAUGGGCUUUCGAUCAUACGCAAUGUACAUGCUACAAAAGCAAUAGCUGAAUUUGGAGUUGUUUUCUUACUUUUUAAUAUUGGCCUUGAGCUAUCUGUUGAAAGGCUGAGUUCCAUGAAGAAAUAUGUUUUCGGAUUAGGUUCUGCUCAGGUUUUGUCGACAGCUGUCGUGGUUGGAUUGGUUGCCCACUUUGUCUGUGGACAGCUAGGGCCCGCUGCAAUUGUCAUUGGUAAUGGUCUUGCAUUAUCUUCGACUGCUGUUGUCCUACAGGUAUUGCAAGAACGAGGGGAAAGCACAUCACGUCAUGGACGAGCUACGUUUUCUGUUUUACUUUUUCAGGAUUUAGCAGUUGUUGUUUUGUUGAUUCUCAUACCUCUAAUUUCACCGAAUUCGUCAAAAGGAGGUAUUGGAUUCCAAGCAAUUGCUGAAGCUCUUGGAUUGGCUGCUGUAAAGGCACUUGUUGCUAUUAGUGCCAUUAUAGCUGGAGGACGUUUGUUGCUUCGCCCAAUAUACAAGCAAAUUGCAGAUAUGCAAAAUGCAGAGAUUUUCUCUGCAAACACUCUUCUGGUUAUCCUUGGAACUAGUCUCCUUACUGCUAGGGCUGGCCUUUCAAUGGCAUUAGGAGCUUUUUUGGCUGGCUUGUUACUUGCAGAAACCGAAUUCUCAUUGCAAGUUGAAUCAGAUAUAGCUCCAUAUCGUGGCCUUUUAUUAGGCCUCUUCUUCAUGACGGUUGGAAUGUCGAUUGAUCCAAAACUUCUCGUUUCAAACUUCCCUAUUAUUAUGGGCUCGUUAGGACUUCUGAUUGUCGGGAAGACCGCACUUGUGGCAGUAGUCGGUAGGCUUUUUGGUGUCUCGUGGAUAUCUGCAAUCCGAACUGGUCUUCUGCUUGCACCUGGUGGAGAAUUUGCAUUUGUGGCGUUUGGCGAAGCGGUUAAUCAGGGUAUUAUGACUUCUCAGUUGUCUUCUUUGCUGUUUCUUGUUGUUGGUAUUUCAAUGGCCAUCACACCAUGGUUAGCUGCUGGAGGCCAGUUAAUCGCAUCUCGUUAUGAACAACAAGAUGUUCGUAGUUUAUUACCUGUAGAAAGUGAGACAGACGAUUUGCAAGAUCAUAUCAUUAUAUGUGGUUUUGGACGUGUUGGCCAGAUCAUUGCACAACUUCUUUCCGAAAGACUAAUUCCAUUUGUUGCUCUUGACGUGAGGAGUGAUCGAGUAGCAGUGGGACGUGCACUUGACCUCCCUGUGUAUUUUGGGGAUGCUGGUAGUCGAGAGGUGCUGCAUAAGAUUGGUGCUGAAAGAGCUUGUGCUGCAGCUAUAACCUUAGAUUCACCUGGUGCAAAUUAUAGAACCGUUUGGGCUCUUAGUAAGUAUUUCCCGAAUGUAAAGACUUUUGUUCGUGCUCAUGAUGUUGAUCAUGGACUCAAUCUGGAGAAAGCUGGAGCUACAGCGGUUGUGCCAGAGACUUUAGAACCGAGUUUACAAUUGGCAUCUGCUGUUCUUGCACAAGCUAAAUUACCAAUGUCGGAAAUAGCAGCCGCAAUCAAUGAGUUUAGAUCCCGUCACCUAUCAGAACUAACAGAGCUGUGUGAAACUAGCGGAAGCUCUCUUGGGUACGGGUUUUCUCGCAUUGUAGCCAAACCUAAAGGUCAACCUUCAGAUUCCGCCGAAGACAACCUAGUCAGUGAAGGAACGCUAGCGUCAUAAAGGAUACCCGAAAAUAAUAAACGUGUCCAAAAAUUGAAUAAAUAAGACGAAAAAACAGAAAUUUCUGGAGGGGCUUGUAGUAGAAUUUAGUGCCCCUCAAAUACAAACUGUAUAGAUAAAAGAUUUUCGGUUUCAUGUCUUCUCCAUUGACUGAUACAACUUUCUGUUUUUACCUAGCACAGGUGUAUUAAUUGUUCGAACCUGACUCGAAAGAACAUAACUUCAAA